UGGUCUUUCACAGUUGGUGACGAGUAUUAUGAAAAUGGCCUCGACCCUGCCCGUGAGCACGGUUAACCGGAGAAGAUGACGAUGUUGAGCUUUUUAAGUCAGUCGAACACCAAAGUGUCUUCUUUGAAUACGUAGAUAACAGUAAAGUAAACAACAACAAAGAGACUUUCGGCAGAGAAAAGACUAAAAAUACUACAGACAACCGCAUAUUUUCGUUGGGCUGAGGAGCCACUAUGGAGGAUAUCAACUCAAAUAUCAACGCGGACUUGGAGGUGAGGAAGCUCCAGGACCUGGUGAAGAAACUCGAACAGCAAAAUGAACAGCUCCGAAGUCGGUCUACGAUGUUGUCUUCGUCUGGAGCGAUGCCAACGAACCACAGACCCCUCAGCGACGGAUACGACUCGACGUCCCUGUCAGCGGGGAUGGCAGCCGGUCUGGCCGGCUUCCCUGGGGUGGGGUUCGUCGGAACGGGUCGCUACAGUGGGCUGUUGGAGAAUAAUCGCUGUUUGAGCCCCAGGCUGUCUUAUGACGGUGUCAGUUUCAGGAGGCCGUAUGAAUAUGAGGGGGCAUCGGCUGCCGCCUCUGUGUCGAGUAUGAACUCACUUUAUUCGGACAAUACCGGGGGAUUUACAGAUGAAGGAGAAACAUCAAUCCUAGACGAAGUGGAAAUCUUAGAUCUCGAAGACAUGGAUUGCCUACACGAAGACGAGGACAGCUGGCUGUACGAGGCAAAGCUGAACAGCCCCCUCCAGAAAACCUUGAGUCCUAUUGUGUGGUGCCGCCAAGCACUUGACAACCCCAGUCCUGAGAUGGAAUCGGCCAAGCGCUCCCUCAUCCACAGACUGGACCUCACCUUGUCAGCCAACAAGCGCAGGAGCCUGUAUGGAAGCCCCUACAACCAGCAGGGUUACGGCAGUCCGUACAGCACAAACGCAGCCAACAGCCCUUACAGCAGUGGCUUCAACUCUCCUUCCUCAACCCCCAGCAGAGUGCCCAUUGUCAGACAGCAGCUCAUGCCCGGGAACACGGUACACCAGCGAAAUGCGACAGCAGAGAGGAAUCCUCCGGCAGUGAGCCCACAGUCAUCGGUGGACAGUGAGCUGAGCACCUCAGAGAUGGAUGAGGACUCAGUGGGCUCCUCAAGUACCUACAAACUCAAUGAUGUCACUGAUGUCCAGAUUCUGGCACGCAUGCAGGAAGAGAGUUUGAGACAAGACUACGCUGCAACUGCAUCCAGGCGGAGCUCAGGUUCGUCCUGCCACUCGUUGCGGCGCAGCACCUUCAGCGACCAGGAGCUGGACGCACACAGUCUGGAGGACGAAGAGGAGGCGGUGCACCCGGCCUUUCACCUGCCUUCCAGCCGCUUCAGCCCCUCCCCUAGACACUCUCCUCGUGCCUCCCCCAGAAACUCGCCCCGCUCUCGCUCCCCUGCUCGCUCUAUUGAAUACAGUCACAGCCGGGGUUCGCCUCAGCCCAUCAUCAGCCGCCUGCAACAGCCUCGCCACUCUCUGCAGGGCCACGGUCACGACCUGCAGACCAACGUGGUGAAGAAUGAAGAAAAGCUUCGUCGCAGUCUUCCCAAUCUCACGCGCUCCUCUGUGGCGACGGCCCAGGGCCCAGAGCCCGUCAAGAACAGUCGCAGCUGCGAGUCCAACCUGCAAGUGCCAAAUGGCUCCCCUCGACACCAGAGCCAGUCUGCUACAGCAGCAGCUCAGCUCCCGAGAUACUCGACCCCUUCUCGCUCCUCCCCGAAACCUAAACAGCACCUCCAAAGCCCAACCGCCCUGCGAGUCCCCUCUCCCAGUAAGCUGCGAACUCCAGCCACCCCGUCCCCACUGGCCUUGAGACAGCCGGUGAAGGCCGCAUCCAACCCUGGUUCCGCCACCUCCACCCCCACCCGCUCCCUGGCUCCUCCACGCAGCAGCCUGCCCCGCCCCAGUGCUGCUUCUGCAGGAGGGGGGAUCCCACUGCCUCGCAGCAAACUGGCCCAACCUGUGCGCAGAUCUCUUCCCGCUCCUCGGACCUACAGCGGCACAGGUGACAACUGGAGAGAAGGUUGUUACUGAAAUGGGCCAGCAGGGGGCUCUCUGAUCAAACUAUCAACACAAGGAGGCAAACAUUACACCAUGGCACUUUAUCUACCUAGAUACCUUUUAAAGUAAAGAGAGAGAGAGAGAGACUAUGUCCCAAAAAUAUACAGAAUCAAGAUUGUUUUUGUUUUUUUUAAAUGGAGAGGACAGUAUCCACAUCAGGCCAAAAGAGGACCUUUCAUCGUUGUUUCUCUGUGGGCUCCGGCUCUGGAGGGGUCAGGCAUGUAGUGCAGACUGCCCAGGAAAUGCCAAAGAAACCAGCCCGACUCCAGCUCGGCCAGCAGAGGACACAUCACCUGCCUUGGUUUGCCUGCAGUCAUCUGUCAGACAGCCCAUAUCACUUCAUUGCCCAGCAUUGCUCCCAUCCCUGUCUCCUGUUUGUUUUUCCCUACCACCCUCAGGUUGAAAUGUUUCCACACAUUUCUCUCUUUAUGCUCUGUGUUUAACAGAUGUAGUGGAGCGAUCUCUAUGAUGAUGCUGUGCAGGUGAAAAUGUCCCGUAAUGUUGUGGAUGUUUGCAACAGUGAAAGCACCUCUAUGUUUUAAGAAUCUUUCCUCUUGUAAAAUCAGCCAGAAUGUAUGCACAAGUUUGUUUUGGAAAUUAUUUAUUCAAAUUAUUUAAGAAAUUUAUGUCCAAACAUCCAUAUCAGUAUUUUGUUUAAAGAUUUCAAUUGUUUAAAAUGUACAUUUUUAACCUCUACUGCAAGCUAACUCUCCAAAGUCUCUUAUUGUUUCAUUGUUCAGAGUGUCAGACUGGGACAUGUGAGACACCAGGGUGAUUAAAGACAUCUCGCUCUCAGAUCUGAUUUGUACCACAGUUUGCCAAGAUUAUAUUUUUCCAUUGAAGUGCUGAGAUUGGUCAUUUUAAUAACAGGUUGACAUUUGCUCUGAUUUAAAUCUGAUGAAAAGAAAUCUGAACUCAUAAACAUCAUAUUUUUUUCACCCAUUCAGCCAAUGAAAGCAAGGACGCUGGUUCAGUCAAUUCCUGUAACAGAUUUUUGUCAAUGUAUAUCAUUGGUGUCAUGAGGGGAAAAUAAAGGAAAAAAAGUCUCGAAUAAGAUGAGAAGAUGAAUAAGUUUUGCUGGCUUUUACCUCUUGUACUAUGAAAGUGAGUCAAAUGGUGUGCCAGUGUUAGGGAAGCUGUUCUGUUAAUUGGUGUGGUGGCUGUUAUGAAACUAGUGCCUAUAAUUUAAAGUUUCACUUGAGUUUGAACAUCAGGUUUUGUUUGUUUGUUUAUCAUUUUGUGCCAAUUUCUGGUUUUGCCAAUAUUAUUUGCAAUUUUGCAUCUCUGCUUGGUUGAUUUGCUUGCCUGUUUGUUUUUGGUAACUGAAUCAAUACAUUUAUAAUUGCUUUAAAAAAUGUUUAAAGUGCGCCUUCAUAUUUAUAACUAAUUACUCAUUCUGUAAAUGAAACUAUUUAUUAAAGAGAGAGGUGCCUCUGGCAAAGCUCAGAUUCAGUGGGCAACUACAACGAAUGUUGCAAAAAGACAUACCACACCUUUUGUGUGAAACUUUUUGUUAUUGAACUUUUUUUUAUAUCCACGAACAUGACAUUCGGUUUCCCUGUGUAAAUUCACAUUUCAAAUAAAAGCUGAAAAGUUG